AAUAAGAUACUUGUUAUCGUGUUCUGUUUGCAGUCUGCACAGACAAACCCGUAUCCCCAUGUCAGGGGAGAGGGACAAGAACGAGAUAAUCGUUGCAGGUUGAACGGUGCAUGCGCUUCCGCAGGGCAGAAGGAAUACUGUACGAGCCGUCGAUAAACGUGUCAUUGCAAUUUCUGUAUUGCUCAGACAGAUUCACAAGAGCGUCUGGGAGGCUGCCAUUCAAUCUGGCGCAGACAGGUUCAUAUGAGAAACUAGCCAUGCCACGCAUCAUGGACACUCUGCUGCUCUUCCCUCUCAAAGACACCACCACGUUUCUGUUGUUCUAUUUGUGCUUUUCUGCGACCACGGCUGUAUCAAGCAAAUCACCUCACAUCAUCUUCAUCCUGGCGGACGAUCUCGGCUGGAACGAUGUGAGCUACCAUGGAUGCCCACAAAUCCCAACUGGUAAUAUUGAUGCCAUGGCCUGGAACGGGCUACGACUCACGCAGUACUACACGCAACCCAUAUGUUCACCUUCAAGGGCUGCCCUGAUGACAGGGCGCUAUCCCAUUCGUACAGGAAUGCAGCACUUCGUGCUGGACAACAGAGAGGAAAGAGGGCUACCGCUGGACCAAAAGCUCCUGCCCGAAUGGCUGGCCGAGCUCGGGUACACAAAUUACUUGGUUGGCAAGUGGCACUUGGGAUUCCACAAGGAAGAGUACACACCCACAAGGCGGGGAUUCCAUCACCAUUUUGGAUUUUGGGGCUCCCACAUUGACUACUACAAUCACACCGCGGCGUUCCCCAAAGCGCCACAACCCUUGAAAUUCGACAGUGGAAAGAGUUUGCAAACUAUCAACUGGACCACAGGGAUGGACUAUCGAAGUGGACUUCACAUAUUAUGGAAUUACACUGGUCUAUACAACACAGACGUCUUCACAAGUGAGGCUGUGCGAAUAAUUGGAAGCCACCCCGUGGAAAAGCCCUUGUUCCUGUGUCUGUCCCACGGAGCACCGCAUUCGGGAGAUAUGCGUGAUCCCCUUCAAGUACCUGACUCAUACACAUCGGGCUUCAAGGACAUCGGUCAUGAGGAAAGAAUUAAGUACGCCGGCAUGGUCAAGGCACUGGACAUCUCAGUUGGAGAAGUAUUUCAUGCCCUUGAUCGCAAAGGGAUGCUGGAAAACUCUGUCGUAGCGUUCUCUUCAGACAACGGACCCGAUUUAGGAAGAGUGACAUCUAACUACGGAUCGGCGUGGCCACUGAGAGGACAGAAGGAAACCCCCUGGGAAGGAGGCGUGAAGAGUCCAGCAGUGGUAUGGAGUCCCCUCCUGAACACUUCCAGCAGAGCCACGUACGAUGGUCUUGUUCACAUUACGGACUGGCUUCCAACGUUCUACCACCUUGCUGGUGGCAAUAUCUCGAACUUGGGAAAAAUCGAUGGCGUCAACAACUGGAACGCUUUCUUGAAACUGGAGCCGCCUCAAAGGACAGAGAUCCUGGCUAAUAUUGACCAGACUGAGGGCUAUGCUGCUAUCCGUGAUGGUAAAUUCAAACUGGUCAGGGGCGGUAUAAACAAUGGCAGAUUCGACGACUGGUAUCCGAUCCUCGGUAAUGUUUCCUGGAGUUCGACACAACCUAGAGGCUCUUGCGAGUCUUCUGUGGUAAAGCACGUUCUAACUAGGACCAGCGGACAUUCUGUAUGUGGAUCAGAUGCAAGUAUCUACGCGACACCCAUUCAAUGUGGCGUCCGUUGGAGCAACAAAAGCUGCGAUGCUACAUCAUCUCCGUGUUUGUUUGACUUGUCGGUGGAUCCUUGCGAGUACAAUGACAUAUCUAAGGAACACGCUGAGGUCGUUCAAACCCUUAUGGCGAAGCUGUCCCGGUACGAGUCGGAGUCUCUGCCUCCUAGAAACCGCGCUCCAGAUCCCAGAUCAGACCCAGUUCAUCAUGAUGGACUCUGGACAAACUGGGCAGAUAGCCCUUCCCUGCAAGAAGUGACGCCGCAGCAAUCUUCUACAAACGCGGAGUGGAGUGUCUUUUCAUCCGCUACGUUUCUUUCUUGUGCAGUUACGGGUUUCUUUUCCUUUGUCUUUGGUUGAUAUGCAUGGCUGUGGACGAAUACUGUA